GUCGUUCACUCGAAGUGAUCGUGUGGUGUUACUCGACGAGCUAGUCAGGCGGUAUUCCGAAACGCGAGGUACAAGCAAACGGCAACGAAUGUAUCCGCAAUCGUGAGUGCAUUUCGUGAGACUGUGAAAGAGAAAACGAACAGAGCGUUUCACGGAGCGUACACCGACGGUGUGGAGCUUCGAUUUCACGUACUGUUUCUUCACUGAAAACAAAAAACCAUUGCGCUAUACUGUGUAUGGUACACGACCGAUCCAAGAUGCUGUCGUCAGUGCCAGCGAAAUAAUAAUGUGGUGCGACGUAAGUCAGAGCUGUGCAAUGAUGGGUCUGCAGGCCACGGCAGGAAAACGUAAACUGGAGGGAGGUGUGGGCUGCAUGGAGUUCGACAUGGAUAUGGGCGAGAGCCCAUCGAAGUUAGGCCGGGUGGAGGGUAGCUGGUGGGCAAUGGAGGAUAGUUACACGCCCCCGCUGAGCCAAACACCCGCUUCUUAUUACGAUAUGGAAGUGAGUUCGCCUUGCCUGCAGACAACAAAUCCUUGUCAGCCGACAUCAACGAGUCCUCAGCAACAGCAGCAGCAGCAGCAGCAGCAGCAGCAACAGCAGCAGCAGCAGCAGCAGCAACAACAGCAGCAGCAACAGCAACAACAACAACAACAACAGCAGCAGCAGCAGCAGCAACAGCAGCAGCAACAGCAACACCAGGCAGCGCAGCAGCAGCAGCAGCAGCAGCAACAACAACAGCAAUCGCCGACGCCGGCGUCAGCGCUACCCCCGUCUACGGUGGCGCAUCUGCAUCAUCACCCGCAGCACUACUACCACCAUCAACGCGGACCAAACAGUCCGGUCGGUAACAAUGGUUACAGCCAACUGUCGAGGCCUCAGCCGCAGUGGGGAGCACCUCACCAUUACGAGCCUCCGACGAUACGGCGAGAAGAAAACGGGAAGAGUUAUUUGGAGCUUGGUUCGAGUUACCGAGCGAACGAGAGGUGCUGCGAAGGCUCGAGGUCGAGCUGGUGUCGGCGUGGCAGAGCGUGUUAUAGACAAAGGCGACUAGCCGUUUUAAAUAUUUCGAUGUGCAAGCUGGCGAGGUACCGCCAAUUUCCGGAUCCGAGCCUUCAUCGAUCGGUUCUCAUCUGUAAUACACUGAGGCACCUGGAACGCGAGAUGGAGAGGGACAGAAGUCCACCGCCCAUGGAGCCGGUUAUACCGGCGCCGAUUGCUCAACUUCAACCUCCUGAGCAGGGCAGGUUAACGCCGUUCCCAAUGCCACCGACGUCUUCGAACGAAACAGACGCUGAUUCCGGCAUCGGCGAUAGCGACGAUAGUCGUUCGAUCAAUUGGGGCAGCGUGCUAUCUCUGUCGAGUCAGUCGCCUCUAGAUCCAUUGAACAACAACGAGUUACUGGAUGUCGAUAUCGGUCCGGACCUAGAUUUAGACUUCAUGCCUGGAUGGAAGCUGACUCCUCUGUCUGCGGACGAUAUCCUUAGGAGUACGACGGCGCAGGAGCAGCAACACCAGCAACAUCAGCAUCAUCAUCAGCAACAGCAGCAGCAACACUUGGCGCCGACUAGUGGUAGUUGCGCCAGCAGUAAUGUGGGCAGUGCCUGCGUCAGUACUGGCAGUAGCAGUAGUACGCACGAAUCGUUAAUGUGCGUUGGAUCAUAGCCCCCGAUUUUGACAUCGUUGAGUCAUCUCAUCGAUUUUUACCCGCUGAUGCCGCAAAGCAAGUAAAAGUGCGGCACACACACACACACACACACAAAGAACCACGAGUCGAGAGAUGCAGAGACGACGUAGUCGCCCUGGCUCUCGAAUAUGUGCGACGCCUGGUCGGCGACUCUCCAGGAGGUCUUCUUUUUCUUAUUUAUUACCGUUCGUGUCAAUUACGCACCGAUCGAUUAUCUCGGUUAUGUUCUACUUCUACCACAUCGGUGCCCAGUAUGGGUCUACUCUUUGUGGCGGAGGGUACGCGCUGUGUGACACCCUGUGUUCGCAGGUGCAGGCGGUGGUGGGAUAUGCAUGGCCCACUGGAAAUGUUUAAAGUUCGAAGCAACCUGAGGUGAUUACAAUUUAUAAACCGGCGAGUACCUAAGCUCGUGUUGUUUCAAAGAUA